AUCCCAUCGUGAACCAUGAGCUCACCUUCUCAUACCUCGUCUGCGAAUCCCAAUCAAUCAACUAGCAGUCCUGCGUUGAACUCAACGGAGCCGCCCUUUCCUGUUCUCCCUCCAAAUCAGCCUCCGACCGUCCGACUGGGCGAUGAUGGAGCCAAUUACUACGUCAACACCACCAUAGACGACUUUUCUCCUUUGAUGACUUUCUCGGAUGGAUGGAUUUCGACGAUCGCUGACAUGAAUUCUUCCAACCCUUUGAAACCAAUCCCACAAAGGAAUUGGCACCUCUGGACCUACAAAAGGACAGAGACACCCAAUGCAACUGUUAGCAUCGAGUUCUGGGGUUCUGAACUUUACCUCUACGGAGACACUGGCCCCGCCUAUGGUGUUUACUCUCUAGCCCUCGACGACGAGACGCCGACUGUCCACACCGCCUUUUAUCCUGCUCUUGCAGCCGGGAGAUCCCAUCUCAUGCAUACUUUGCGCAAUUUGACGGAGGGAAGGCACGAGUUGACCAUCACAAACCUUGGAACUCGAGAUGGCUUAAAUGAGGGUCCCGCUUUCCUGCUGGACUUUGCCGUCGCGAGGCAGAAGGUCGGCACAAUUGAGGGUCUCCAGCCCAAUGCAUCGGACGUGAGGGACGAGGCCCUGUCCGGUCUCGCUACGAAUGGAACAUGGUCGCUCCUCAAUAUUCAAGAUGACGUAGUGCCUGGCGAAGGCGGUCUAAAGCCGGCGAUCUACGUUGAGCGCCGAGCGCUUUUCACUACAGAUGAUUGGGCGACCCUCGUCCACAGAUUCCAAGGAACGGGCAUCCAAGUCUUUGGUGGCUGGAAUUCCACCCACGGUUCUUACAGAGCAACCCUCACCGACACUGGCAACUCCACUGUGCUGCAUUCCAAGAUCUACGACACCGCUGCAGUCUGCGGCGGCAGCGAUGCACCGGGAUGCGAAUGGCGUGGUACCACCCUCAAGUUUGCAGCCGCUGACCUCAAUCCUGACGCACAGUAUGAAUUGACCCUGCAGAACGUGCACAGCGGCGGCAAUUCGGCUUUUGAGGUUGGUUUCAUCCGAGUCUUUGGCUCCCAAGACGCACGCGAACCUGGUACUGGCAGCAGUGGGGUCCCAGCACCUAGCACUGGCGGUGGUCUCCCAGAGCCUGGCUCUGCAGGACAACAACCUGGGGGCGCAUCGGACGAGACUGGCUCGGGUCGGAUGUAUUCUUUGGAUCCUUUGCUUCAACUCUGGGUCCUCAUGUUCCUCUUCGUCGCCGCGUGGAAAACCCUGAAGCACUAA